AUGUCUGGCUUUCAAUUCGAUCGAUAUGGUGUGCCCAGCCUCUCUAUGUCGCCACCACGCAGUGCACACAACCUUAAUAAUAGUCGAUCGCCUGGCAAACCAUUGUUUGGCAGUCCCAGCAGCUCAGUUAGUACACUCAGUGGGAGCAGCAUUGCCAAUGCAGUGCUCGUGUCGUCAGACACGAGAGGAACAUCGCAGGACAACCCGCUCAAUCUGGAGGACGACGAGCACGAAGCACAUCUGCAAGAGAUCAGAUCAGUGCUGGAAGCCUCGGCCAAGGAGGAGGAGGAGGAAGAGGCCAAACAGAGUACAGAGCCAAUCAAGAUGUUUGAUGACGAUGGCAAUAUAUUAUUACAGGCAGAGACUGUUUGCAUGAUUGACGGUUUCGUUGCACCAAUGAAGAAGCCCGUUCUGUUCAAGGAGCUUCAUCUCGAGAUCACAGCAACGCGAGCAUUAAUAGGACAUCAGAGGAAAGGUCAAUCAGAGGUCUGCAUUCAAAUCAAGUACGAAGAUCUCACAAAGAUGUCCUUCACCUCGCUCAAGGGCAAGUCGGACCUACUCCUCGUCACGAAGGAGUUCAGCUUCUUCAAGCAUUGGGUAAAUAAUCCCACAACUGUAAAGAAUGUUGACGUGGGAUUGCCCAAUAGUAUAGUGUUGAAUGACAUUAGGAAGAGGGAUAUCACAGCAAUCAGAGGUCACCUGGAGAAGCGAUCACAUUGGAUGAAGUUAUUACUGAUUGAGGAGGGAUUCGAUCCCGAUAAGGUGAUGGCGAGUUACCCUCCACCAAAGGAGCAUCCAUUGGCACGUGACAUUGUCAAGAUCACUCAAGGCGAUUUGCGACGUUUGGAACCAGAGCAGUAUUUGAACGACUCCAUCAUUGACUUUUACAUGCGCUACAUAAGGGAUCACUAUGUGGAGGAGGCUGAUCGCGAGCGAUUCUACUUCUUCAACACAUUCUUCUACAACAAUCUGACGCUCAAGAAGAGCAUGGAGGCAGCCUACAAGAAGAUUACAAAGUGGACGCGCGAUGCAGACAUCUUCUCAAAGGACUUCUUAUUCAUUCCAGUGUGCGAGAACUUCCAUUGGACAUUGUGUAUAAUAUCAUUCGUUGGACAGGACCCGGCAACAUGCACGUCGGCCAAUCGCCCACUGAUCAUAUUCCUGGACUCAUUGAAUGUGCAGAAAUGCACAGCUCUCACAAACAAGAUUAGACAGUACCUGUCGAUGGAGUGGAAGCAUAAGAAGGCGGACCCGUCAAACGGUGCGAUUGGCGAGCGGUUGUUCAAUGCAAAGACUCUGCCGUUUGUGCGUGCCAACGUACCGCGCCAGGACAACCUGAGCGACUGUGGCGUGUUCCUGCUGCACUACAUGGAACUGUUCUGUCGCAAUCCCGAGAAGCAGUUUGAUACGCCCCUGUCCCGCCCUCAAUGGUUCCCCACCUCGGAGAUACCCGAGAAGCGAGAGAUCAUCAAGAACCUCUUGCAGCGACUGCAUCACGAGCAAUACGACGACGGCGACACAUCAUUUACAUCCAAGGAUGACGACGAGCAACAGCAAUCAAGCGCAGGAGAAGGUGACAAAAUAUCGAUCAAUGAUGAUGAUGAUGAUGAUGCUGAGGAGGCAGGUGCGCCAACCACAUCGACCACGACCACCUCGACAACAACAACAACUUUGACCAAUGCUUCAACAACAUCAGAGAAUGAACCAAUUGAGGUGAACGAAUCAAUUGAAGUGGAUGAACCAAUGGAGGUGGACAAGGUGGAGCAAGUGUGUAUAGACAAUGUAGAUAAGAAUAUAAAUAAUAGUAACGACGACAAUGACAACAAGGACAGCAUGGGCAUCAAAGAGAGCACGGACAGCAUGAACAACAAGGAUGGCAUAGACAACAAGGACAGCAUGGAUAACAAUGACAGCGUGGAUAACAAAGAUAAUGACAGCGACGACAACAACAACAUCAUUAGUACCAGUCAGCAGAGUAGUACCAGUACAUGUUUAACUAACGAUCAGGAGAUGAAUAAGGAUAGUGAGCAGGAGCAGAAGCAAGAGCAGGAGCAGGAGCAAGAAAAAGUGAAGGAGAAGCAGGAUGUAGUCAAUGAUAUGGUUUGUUCCGUUCCGGAUCAACAAGUGGUUGUACUUGUACAAGAGCUUGAGGAACAUCUUGAGCUUCCACAGCCUCAAGAUCCUCAAGAGCCUCUUGAGCUUCCAGAGCCACUUGAGCUCCCAAAACCUCAAGAGAAUCAAGGGCAACAAGAGCCUCAAGAACCUCAAGAGCUUCCAGAGCCUCUUGAGCUUCCAAAGUCUCAAGAGACUCAGGGGCAACAGGAAUGUAUAGCUCAGAAGCAGGAGCAGGAUCAGGAGCAGGAUCAGGAUCAGGAGCAGGAGCAGGAUCAGGAGCAGGAGCAGGAGCAGGAGCAGGAACUUGUGCAGGAGCAGGUAAAUGGGCAGGAGCAGGAACAGGAGCAGGUGCAAGAGAAGGAGGAAAUGGAGGAGAUGAAUGAGCAUGAGCCCAAUCUAAUAGUGGAGCAGCAGGAGGAAGUAGUGCAGAGCAGAGAGCAAGAGCCAAUUAAGUGGGAUUAUAGACCGAGGACUAAUAGGACUAGACAAGUGCAGCGGCCUGAGACUAUAGUCGAGCAUAGGAAGGCGAAGGAGCAAGCGACACAACAGAUGGACCAGAUGCAGAUUAAUUUACCCGAAUUGGUUUGGCAACAGCAAUACAAGACGGGUACGCGAUCACAGUCACGACAGGCACAGGCAGAGGCACAGGCACAUGCAGAGGCACAGGCACAUGCAGAGGCACAGGCACAUGCAGAGGCGCAGCAUGCAAAGUUACAGACACUGGCACACGUAACUCUACUGGCAAGAGAGCAGGAGCACCCACUGGAGCGGCCACACACCCGGGCCAAGGGGCAAGGUAAACAGGAUGACAUGCGAGUUGUCAUUGAGACAGUGGUCAGCGAGCAACAUCAAUCGAGCAGCAGCAGGAGCAACAACAAGCAUACAGCCACUGUGAUCUCGAGCAAUAGAAGGAGGACAACUGCUAUUGCGACUACUACAACCAAUCCAGAGGACUUCUGUCAGGUUCAAGAUAAAUUUAUUAAUGGUAGAAUGAUUGAGGGCAAUGAUGACGGCAACAACCACAGCAACACACACAGCAGCAGCAACAGCAACAGCAGCAUCAGCAAAACAUACACCAGCCUGAGUAACAUGGCGCACAGUUCAAAGAGGAAACAACGCAGCCAAGAUAAUGGCCGCGGGCAGGCCACCAAGAGGCAGACCACAGUACAUCGAGCGGCAAACGAGAUACAUGGCGAAGACAUUGUCAGCAAUGAACAGCUGUAG